AUGUCUAGACAAGUUAUCAAUCGACCAGUUUAUAUCGUUAAACGUGCUCCUCCAUCACAACCGAAUCUUCUUCCUGUGAGGAGCCUACCAAAUCAAGCGCUGAAUCACCAAACUAAUGGUGUUGUUGGAACUCAAGCUCCAGGAGGUAAGAAUCUAUUUCCUGCCAUGUUAUCUCAUAUUUGCCCUAUUAUUGUAGAGCCUUCUGCCGCACAAGCAAGUGGAAGUGCUAUUUCUUUGGCAAAAUUUCUCAAUCACAUUUUGACCAGUAGGAAGGCAGCCACUGGUGAACGUGCACAAGUCACACAAUUGGUUCAAGACCUUAUUGUUUCUUGUGAUGUCUUCCUUGUCCAAUUGUAUUCGCACUUGAAAACCUCAGGGAGACAAGAUGUGGACAAUUUAUUCUACACUGGUCUCCCUAAACUUCGAAUGAACUUAAUUAAUGGGACUGCGGCGAUUCCUAACAUCAGACCUCCUAAUCCAAGUGUGCUUGUGGGAGCCUCAACUAUAACCACUGCCGCCACAGUGGUGGCAACAUCUACAGUGUCGCAAGCUCGACGUGCAAUAAUUCAUACUCCGUCUCAGUCCUCUGCUUCUCACAAUCUUCCUCCACCUUCACCUGUUGUUGUGGGUAAUCUUCCCCCCAAUUCCACUUUUCAACUCUCCACUUCCUCUAAACCUAUCCGUCCUGCUCCCUUACGGCCUAUCACUCCACGUUUGCAUACUUCUCUUUUCUCUCCACGUGCUGCAGUCACCAAUUCACCUACUCCUAUCCGACUUCUACUGCCAGUGUCUACAAUAACUAACACCACUCGUCUACAACUCCGUCAUAAGCCUCCUACAAAUCACUCCACUGCUCUAUUUCGAAGUGAGUCUGGCACAACCCUCAUUGCUCCCAAUCCUCCUACUAUCCUACUACCUCUGGGCACUAAAUUGCGUACGCUUAUCCCCUCCCCUCUGCCUCCUUCAACUCCCUCUAUUACCUCUUCAUCAGCAGAACCGGCGCCGAACUCUACUCUCACUCCUCCCGCUUCCUCCUUCUUGUCUCCUCAUACUACUGUGUCCUCCACGACAAACGUGUCUUCUUCUUCUUCUUCUUCUUCCAAAUCAAUGUCCUCACCUCAACCAACUGCUUGCAGUCAACUAGAUCAACCUUUCUUCCCUGUCUCUCAGAUUCGACUCUUUCUUGCUUCCAAGUUGCCACCUAACGAGGUGGCUUCCCUCACGGAGGAUUCGUUGAAUUGCAUGGCGCAUGGCUUAAACACUCUUCUCAGGAGCUUACUCACUCGUAUCUCUCUCGUAGCUGGCCAUAAGGCGACCAAAUUUGCCGAUGAUCCUCAUUUGGAGCAAGUAGAUCAUGCGAGGGAGCAAAUUGGUAUUUUACAGAAGAUGCAUGAGUUCGAUCAGGAGAAACGGUGUGAGCUCCAAACGGAGUUUAUUCACGAGGCUGCAAAGGCAAGUUGUGUAUUUUUUUCACUUAAAAUUAAUAAAGAUACUCGAAAACGCAAUGGGAAUGGGGAAGAGGCCAAAAUACGAGAGAUGGCAAUUCAGUUAAAAAAGGAGAAGGACGAGCGUGAACGUCAAGAGCAGGCCAACUUGACAGCUCUUUCAGCUAUUGGCACUUUGCCUAACAAGCGACCCCGUCUCUCGAUGAAUCUGCCAAGCAGUGAACAAACCAUAAUCACGACUGGUGGCAAUCUCAGCAGCAAUCUCAACUCAUCUACCAACGCUGCUACAGCUAUAAAUGAAAAUAUCAUAAAUCCUGCCAUUUGA